AUGGCUUUGUUCACUUAUGUUGAUGUUCCCGUAAUCAUAAUUCUUCUCGUAAUAGCUUAUGUUUCGUAUUACUAUUACGAAUACUUCACUCGUGAAAGUCCUUUACCAGGUCCGCUUCCUCUGCCGCUUAUUGGAAAUGCCUUUACGGUUGCUGGUGAUAUCGCCAUUUGGCCAUCAAAGUUACAAUUAAAAUACGGCGAUAUGUUCGAAGUUUAUAUGGGUCCUAGACGUAAAGUCUGGUUAUGUAAUGAAAAGUUAGCAGAAAAAAUAUUUAAUUCUACUACUAAUAGCAAUUUCCAUAACCGAAUUAAUGAAGAUUGUGAUCUUAAAGAAAUUGGGUUAGUCAACACUGGAUUGGCAUUUAAUAUAGACUACGAAAAUUGGACAUACGUUCGGAAAUUUUAUUCAAAAGCCAUAUUUUCACCAGCUUUUAUGAAACAAGCAAUGAUUAGUACGCAGAAUAUAUUCCAGAAGAUGGAAAGUUACUGGGCGGAAUUCGAUGAAGACACUGUAUUAGAUUUUUCUCUCUGGAUUCGAAACAGCAUCACUGAUACAGUGUUUCUUCUCACUACGAGUAGAUCUUUACACGCAUUAACCAAUUAUUAUAACGAAAUAUCACCUAAAAAAGACACCAAUAUUUCCGAUAGUACGUUAAAAGAAAGUGAAUAUUUUUUAAAAUGCACUUCGGCACUCUUGAAUGCAGUGAUGUGGUUUUUUAUGGUCCCAAAGUUUUUUAGGGAUUUUCCCGGAAUUAGAUUAUACACGAAUAAAUUAAAGGAGCAAGUUAAAUGGUUGAAGAACUUUGUUAAUGAGAUUGUUAAAGAAAGACGAGAGGAAAUUGCCAGAACUCCUGAAGAUGAAGAAUUGACCCGAGAUCUCUUAACAAUGUUUUUAACAGUUAAUACUUCCCGUGACAUUACAAAAGGGAUUGCGGAUGACAUAAACGAUCGAAUAAUGACCGACGAAGAAAUUACUCAUAACUUUAUAGAAAUUUUGGGCGCUGGGAUUAAUACGGUAUCGGAUCUCAUGUGUUAUUUGGUUUACUUAAUAUCUAAACAACCCGAAGUAAAGCAACGACUAAUUAAAGAAUUUGACGAAGUUCUUGGUAAAGGCUCAAAUUUUCAAUUAACUUAUGAAGGUGUUAAUAAAUUAUUAUAUUGUGACGCUGUCAUAAAGGAAGCUUCUAGAGUGUCAUCUGUUGCACCAUUUAUUGUCAAGCGGAAUGAGAAACCUGAUGAGGUUGGUGGCUAUACAUUUCCAGAAUACACCGAAUUCUUUAUAAAUUACGUUGCAAUUCGCAAACACAAAUCCAAGUGGACGGAUCCGGAGCUGUUUAAUCCUAAUAGAUUUUUUGAUAAAUCUCAUCCUGAUUAUGAAAAUGAUCCUCAUACGUUCGGGGACGGGCUUAGAAAAUGUCCCGGAAGAAAUUUAGCAAGACUUAAUCUGAAAGUUAUUUUAGUUAUGCUUUUUAAAAAAUACGAUGUUGAGUUAAUGGAUUCGGAAUCCCCUUUAAAAUUUAGUGGAACAUUGAUGAAACAAUGUACUGGAUUUAAAGUAAAGAUUAAGAAGCGAAGUAAUUAG